UCAACAAAAAAAAAUAUAGCCGCUACCAGUUUGCCCUUGUAUCAGAAAAGUUGGAAUCACACUCAAACUCAACUCAACUGGCCGGAAAACGCAAAAGCUGGCCGCAAAAACCCGGCGGAGUUAAUCUUCGACCGCCAGAAUCAGUGAGAAAUUCUUCCAGAUAUAGACUAGCAUCAAUCUGAAUGGGUUAUAUUCAAUAUGGUAGACAAAGUAUUGGGAAGAUAUUUAGAUUUAGAACUGCAAGCAAUGUGGUUAGAAACUCUAUAACAUCACAGUUAGGUUAUGCAGGCACUGCAUUACCCUCAUGUUCCCGUUUUCACGGCGGAAAGAGUUUGUAUUCCACUUCUUCUGAUGCCAGAAUAGUGCAGGACCUUCUGGCUCAGGUGGAGAGAGAUAGGCUGAGAGAGAAAAAUGAUAGAAUAAGGGCUGGUUUGGAUACUGCCGACAUUGAUGCCGAGAAUGAUGAGGAUUACAUGGGUGUGUCCUCUCUCAUUGAGAAGCUUGAAAAGGAGAAGCUCAAGGAAACCUCUGAGUUGAAUCGAUAUGAAGAUCCGACUGAUUCUGAUAGUGAUGAAGAAGAUGGUGAUGCCAAUCAGAAGAAGUUUGAAGAUUUCGAAAAGAAGUUCAAGAGGCAUGAAGAAAUGCUUCAUAAUUUCACUGAUGCUGAAACGCUUGAUGAUGCUUUUAAAUGGAUGCAAAAAAUUGAUAAGUUUGAGCAAAAGCAUUUUAAGCUUCGUAAUGAGUAUAGGGUUAUUGGGGAACUCAUGAAUCGGCUCAAAGUAGUUACUGAGCAAAAGGAUAGGUUCAUUUUGCAGCAUAAGCUUAAUAGGGCUUUGAGAUUGGUGCAAUGGAAGGAGGCUUAUGAUCCUGAUAACCCUGCCAAUUAUGGUGUCAUUCAGCAUGAACAGGUGGGGCCUUCCGCGGAUAGCUUGCAACAGUCUGGAUUUGAAAAGGAGAAUAAAACCGCACAAGGUGAUGAAGAUGCUGCCGCUGCUGACAACGACAGCGAUGAAGAAGAGUUUGAUGACAUGAAAGAAAAAGACAACAUAAUACUGGCCAAACUUGAGGCUAUUGACAAGAAACUUGAGGAAAAGCUAGCAGAGCUUGAGUAUACGUUUGGAAGGAAGGGUAAGGCUCUAGAGGAAGAAAUCAGAGAUCUUGCAGAGGAGAGAAACGAGUUAACUGAGAAGAAAAGAAGACCUCUUUUCCGAAAGGGUUUUGAUGUAAAAUUGAUAAAUGUGAACCGAACUUGUAAAGUCACAAAGGGAGGACAAGUUGUGAAGUAUACUGCUAUGUUAGCAUGUGGUAACUACAACGGUGUUGUUGGUUUCGCAAAAGCCAAAGGCCCAGCAGUUCCAGUUGCCCUCCAAAAGGCAUAUGAGAUGUGUUUUCAGAAUUUGCAUUAUGUAGAGCGACAUGAGGAGCACACAAUUGCACAUGCAAUACAAACAUCUUAUAAAAAGACCAAGGUGUAUCUCUGGCCUGCUUCCACUGCAACUGGCAUGAAAGCUGGCAGAAUAGUCCAAACCAUACUGCAUUUAGCUGGUUUUAAGAAUGUCAAGUCAAAGGUUGUUGGUUCCAGAAAUCCUCACAAUACAGUAAAGGCUGUCUUCAAAGCUCUUAAUGCGAUUGAAACACCAAGGGAUGUCCAAGAGAAGUUUGGUCGAACUGUGGUUGAGAAGUAUUUGUUGUGAUGGACGGGAUGUGCCGAGCUUAGCGUGCUGCUUGUUGUUUUCCAUUGAAUAUAUUUUUGUCCCUUUGAUUUCAACUUGCCAAGAAGAAUUUGUAGACAGUUUCUCAAGUGCAUUUACUUUAGAACAUUAGUUGUGGAAUUUUUGCCUGUACUGAACUUUUCAUUAAUUAAUUAAUGGAAAAGAAAAAAUAAUUUAGGAACGUUCUCUUUGCUUU